GCCCGGGUCGGUUCCGCGGAAGGGUGGCCACCGAGGAACCGGGAGCGGAGCGCCCUGCGGUGCCCUGCUGACUCCUUCCCCUUGGUGCUCUCGUUGCCAGGCUGGAGGAUGAAGUCUACGACGAGGAUGGGAACACCCUGCAGGACUUCGCAUAUGACCAGGAGCCCGUCGGUAUAGCGAAUCCGUCCUCCAUGAUCGGCGAGAUGUACACCUUGUAUUACCCACCGGAAAAGAGGCACGCCGAUGGGAUCUUCAACAAAGCCUACAGGAAACUCCUGGGCCAGCUAUCCGCCAGGAAAUAUCUGCACUCCCUGAUGGCUAAGCGGGUCGGCGGUGCCAGCGGCGGCCCGGGGGACGAGACGGAACCGCUGACCAAGCGGCACAUAGACGGCAUCUUCACGGACAGCUACAGCCGCUACCGGAAACAAAUGGCUGUCAAGAAAUACUUAGCAGCCGUCCUGGGGAAAAGGGUCGAAGACAUUAAUUUUCACCAUUUGCUACUGUACAUAGAGAAGGAUGCCCUGCUCCCAGGGGAUUAUGAGGAAAAUGAUUUGGGAAAAUUGGCGAAGCAGAUUCUUCCCCCGGUGAGUCCCAAGGCAGGCUCCUUUGCCACUAGCCUCUCUGAAGAGGCAGCUUCCCUUUUCCUCUAGAUUUCGAUAUUUAUUUUUUCUCCUCCUGCUAUCUUUGAUUCCAGUUAUAUCUAUAUUAGUGUCUCCUCAAACAAUGAGCUUAGAAGAUAAUUCUCCUGUGAAAAACAACAGCUCGAUUCAAAUUGUUCACUUUAGUUGCCUAUCGGAGGGAGGAAUAGUUAAAAACGAAAACAAAACCAAAAUAUCAAAAAAAUAUUCAAAACAAAACAAAAAAUAAGCCAAAGCCAACCCCACCCCCUAGAUCCCGAACCAGCAGCAAAGAUAGUAAGUACUAAGCCCCGUGCACUGCUCUUCUGGCUGGCUGGGCAGAGUUGCAGAACAAAGCGAAAGCGGAGAUAGGACCCGUGUGGAAAGAGCGGGGAAGUGAGCGGCGGCGGCCCCCGGCGUCCCCCGAGGCACCCGGGGCCGGCUCUGGUACCGAGGUCGGUACCAGAGCCGGUGCCGCAGGGUGUAGGGAAGACGAGGCAACCCCACCUCCGAUCCGCUACCCAACUGCCCCAAGCAGCUCGGUACUGGACCUGGAUGCAAAGUACAGUGUGUUACUCUCCAGUGCUGUCCAUGCUUUUCAUCAUGUGUAACAAGCAGGGUUCUCGCCUUUGCAGUUUUUUUUUCGGUCGGACUUGCUCUUUUCUUUGACUGUUUUAUCUUGUAGACCCUCCUGCCUCUCAUCCUCUCUUCGUACUUUUCCGAGCUCUGUUUAACCCACCUGAGUAACCUUUUCGGGUUAUGUUCUUUUGGGGAACAAAAAAGAAAAAAAAAGAUAAAAAAAAAGAUUGUGAACGCUCUCUCACUCCUUUGUUCUGUUUUAUGCAAGCUCUUGUUGUACAAGUUUAGGAACCCCUGUUGUAGCUACCACUAAAGACUUAUGCACUACUAUGAAAGUUUUUGUUCCUUGUUUAUUGAGUUUGGAGGUAAAAUGUAUUUUUCUACAUUCUGGCUUAUUGCUUAGUAAAAUUUAUUUCAUAAAACAAACUUUUGUCAUAAAAGAA